CCGACGCAGGUAAGAGCGACACACCCCUCACACGCCACACGCCCCUAAGCCGCUGGGGUUCCCCUCCCACGUGCCUCCUUAACCCUGCAAGCUCGUUAGGGCAAACACGAAGCAGCUGGGCCACGCCCCCCAACUCCCGCGACCGGCGAAACGGCUUACGCCCCGAUCUGCAUGUGCACCCAGACCCCAAUAAUCAAUCCCCCAGCGAAUCUGGCGCAGCUGUCAGGCUACCUCCUGACAUUAACAUCACUUCUUGUUUGGCAGCAUUCCUGUCUUCAUGUGAGGUACAAAGGCAUCCAUUUUGGAGUUGUGUUAAACAACUCAGACAACGGCCAACUGUACUACCCCUUUCUUUUCGUUACAGGAAUCCACCCACCACAGAAUAAGGCAAGUUGAAGGCAUACUAUGCAGGAUUAUAAAAUAACUAUGCUAAGACAUAUCUAUGAUGGCAAGCUCAGUCUUUACGCACUUUUGCUGAGUUUGUGCACCUUUCACCUGUAUUUAUUAUUCAAAAAUGUGUUCAGGGUUGUUUCUGGGUGUAGCACUCUUUUCUGUGUGGGGAGGGGUGGGUGUGGCUACAGAGCCUGUGGUUUGGGAUCAAAUUCCAGCAAAGUGUUUGUUGCUCAUUCGCUGCUGCAAGGCUGAUACAAAGAAGCCUAGAUACAGCGAAGCAAAAAAGACUAGUGGACCGGUGGUUGCACGAUGAGAGGUCAUGAGUUGGAGUACAUCCGAGAACAGUUUGCAUGGGUUGGAGACGCAUACACUGAUCUUAGACUGGAAACAUGAGGCCUUAGCCGAUGUGUUGGCAGAUGUGAAGGCUGCCAGCAAGGUGUGAUAUGAGGUCAGGUCAUCAGAGGAUCUGGAUUUUCUCCACUUCCUCUCUGCAGCCCGUAGCAAGGUUCUGCUGGAGCGUAGUGAUUCAGUCAGCCACGGGCUGGGGCAUGAUGAUCGUUCUGGUUUGGAGACAAGAGGACAAAGUGAGUCAAGCGGCUGGGAAAGGCAUGAGUUGAAGGUGGAGGUAGCAGGGUCAACAGGCAGGUUAAAGAAUGACAACAGUCCACAAACAACAGCAUCAAAAAAUUAACAUCUAAAAACAUUAUAGUAUGAAAACAAAAUACAAAAGCUUUACAUGUUUCUAUUGUUUGUGAUUUAUUAUAACACAUUCAGAUUGACACAUAAGCACAAGUAAGGGGGGGGUAAUUGUGCCCCUGCCUCAUAUGACGGUUUGUCUAACAGAGAAGGGGACCAUGUGAGCAGUAGCAGGGAAAUCCCGGAUUCCCCCUGUCAAUUUGCACCCUACCUAUUCCCCAGUAACUGUCUAUUCCCCCCUUUACAGACACUCCCAAUAUCCCCCUCCCAUUUAUAGGCAAGACAAGUUUAUUUGUACAGCACCUUUCAUACACAAAGGCAAUUCAAAGUGCUUCACAUAGAUACAGAAUAAGACACAAUAGAUACUUGGGAGCUUCAGCCCAAUCGAACAGAAUGCGAAUCCUGACAUAAAAUUCUUCUGUAGUUGCACUCAGGGUAAUAUCAAAUCAUGAUACAUUUAGUUCUGGCUAAUUGAAAACAACAUGACUUGUUUAGAACUCCUUAAAGUGAUUUGCAAGCCCAUGGAUAGAGCAUUUAUAUUUACAGCUUGCAUUUUAUUAAUAUUUAAGCUGGUCUUGCUGGUCACUGCAGAGCAAAGUCCAUGUUGGGAUCUUAUGCCAUUUCUAACGAUGAGGUGCAGGUUAAGCACUCACAUACAACAUUAAGACUACUUACUGGCUCGUCAGAAAGAACCUAGCAGACACCAUGGCCCGCCGUGUAGCAGUGAUUGGGGCAGGAUGCUCAGGACUGGCCUGUAUCAAGUGCUGCCUGGAUGAGGGGCUGGUGCCUGUCUGCUUCGAGAGCGGGGAUGACAUCGGGGGAAUGUGGAGGUACAAGGAGAGGCCUGAGCCAGACCAUUGCAGUAUCUACCGCUCCCUCAUUACCAACACCUCCAAAGAGUUCAUGUGCUUCAGCGACUUCCCCAUGCCGGACCAUUACCCAAACUACCUGCAUCACUCGCAGCUGCUGCAGUACUUGCGCUUAUACGCAGCGCAUUUUGACCUCCUGCGGCACAUUCGCUUCCAGACCACUGUCUGCUGUGUGAAGGAGGGGCCUCAAUUCUCUCAUUCUGGCCAGUGGGAAGUGGAGACUAAGAACGGAGUCGGUGACAAAGAGAGGCACAUCUUUGAUGCUGUUCUGGUGUGUACAGGGCAUUUUACCCGUCCUGCCAUGCCACUUGAAGACUUCCCAGGCGUAGAGACCUUUGAGGGAAAGUGUUACCACAGCUGGGAAUACAGGCACCCGGAUGCCCUCCAGGGUAAGAGGGUUGUUGUGGUGGGGAUCGGUAACUCUGGAGGGGACAUUGCUGUGGAGAUCAGCAGGGCAGCGCGGAAGACCUUCCUCAGCACGCGUCAGGGCGCCUGGGUCAUAGGUCGCAUGUCUGACGGAGGGCUCCCGGUAGAUAUGACAAUGAUCACCCGCUGCAGGAGUUUGCUUAUGCACUUUUUGCCCAAAGCCUUGGUACACUGGGCAGGGGAGAGGGGUCUGAACCAGAAGUAUGACCAUAGGCUCUACGGCCUGCUUCCCAAGCACAGAUUACUGGAGGGCAGGACUCUCAUCAAUGAUGACCUUCCUGGCCGCAUUCUCUCGGGGGCAUUGGUCAUGAAGCCUCACCUCCAGGGGUUCCGAGGCUCCAGCGUGGUUUUUGAGGAUGGCACCGUGGAGGACCAGAUUGAAGCUGUGGUCUUCUGCACGGGCUACAACUACUCUUUUCCCUUCCUUCCUUCCUCCCUCUUUCAAGGCCAUGGGCAUGAGCUGACGCUGUAUCACCAUGUCUUCUCGCCCACCCUAAAGCACCCCACUCUGGCUAUAAUGGGCCUAGUGAGCGCCAGAGGGCCCUUCAUGCCUGUAGUGGAGAUGCAGGCUCGCUGGGCAACUAGAGUGUUCACAGGGCUGAACCAACUUCCACCAAAAAAAACAAUGCUGAACAUGAUUGAGACUCAAAGGAAAAGAUUUUUGAAAAGUUAUCCUUGUCCCAAGCUUGCAGCUGUCCAAGUGGAUUACAUCACUUACAUGGAUGAACUGGCGAAGAAGGUGGGGGUGCGGCCCAACUUCCUGGGCCUGCUGCUGCGAGACCCUCGUCUGGGUCUGAGUGUGCUGCUGGGUCCCUGCACCCCGUACCAGUACCGGCUGCGUGGACCGGGGCGGUGGGAGGGGGCUCGCCAGGCCAUACUCACGCAGUGGGAGCGGGUGGCCAAACCCAUGAAGACGCGCCCUGUACCAGAGCCCCAACCCUCUGCCGCGCCUCUGUUGCUCACUGUCUCUUGUGCUGCCCUGCUGCUCACUGCCGUCUACUCUCAACGCAAAACCCCUGCCGUCCUGCCGGAUCCUGCAGCCGUCCUGAACAGACUCUGCUCCCUACCAGGGAUCAUGUGGAAGAUGUGCCCCUGCCUGAAACUAUGAACACGGGAUUAAACUUAGCUUUGGUUAGAGCAGUGGUCUCCAACCCUGGUCCUGGAGAGAUACAGGGUCUGCUGGUUUUCAUAGUGACUCUGCACUUCAUGAAUCAAUCAGAGCAGUUGAUUACACAGUUUACUCAACUGACCUGGUGUCUUGGGUCUCAACUGGGCGCUGAUUUUACGGAAAAAACAAAAACCAGCAGACCCUGUAGCUCUCCAGGACCAGCGUCCACUGGAGACCACUGGGUUAGAGAGUGCAGAGUGCCAGUGGAGCUUGAGCGCGUGUGACUGUAAUUGGACUGGAGCAGUGAGCAGGUUUUCCGAAAUGUGGAGGGCUGGCGUGUCCAGUACAGCUCAAGUGACACAAGCCAGCUCUGGAAUUAUCGCUUACGUUCUGGGUGUCACGUAAAAGUCCGGACAAUGGUAGUUAGCCAAUGAGGCGAUAAGAUGUUUCUAUAAUGUUUGACUUGGGUGAGAACUGUGUUUUGUUGUUGAUAUUUUGGUGAAUCAUUAUUGAAAAAUAAAGGCUCACAUUGAGGACAUACA